AUUCUUCCAGGGACAGUCAUUCUUAAUGCCAACAAGCAGAGGGGAAAAGACAUCACUCCUUUGUCCUUUAUCUUCCUUCAGGACUGGCACCUUCACCAACCUGCUCUGGCUUUUCUGCACGUUACGAUAGUAAUUUACUACACAAACAUUUGGAAGGUUGCCCUUCCCUCUCCUCCAAAGUUGUUAAACGAAGGUAAGAUUCCUCAGAAGCAUCCAUCAUGGAAACCCGAGCCCUUUUCCACCGCAGGGAAGAGGAGCAAAAGGAAGAGAGGCACCGAGAUUUGCAAAUGACCUCUAGAACGAGGAAGACAAAGUUCAGGACCAGUGAGGAAGAAGAAGGCUUCACUCUUUCAGAUUUGUCCAUAGCGGCAGCACUUGCAUUGACAGCGGAAGUAUCAUGGGAGACAAAGAUGAGACGGGAGGCUGCUGUUCUGGAGCUAGAGAAAAGGGGACAGAAGAUGGUCCGGUUUGGGAAUGACAUGGAAAAGCUGGAGAAAACCGUCAUUAGAAACUGCCGCCUCUUGCGCGUGAGAGCUGACAAGAUGGCCCUGCGGAGAAAGGCUGAAGCAAAGGCACAGCUGGAAAAGGAGGUCAUGGAACUGCUGUCCUGCCGGGCACCCAUGUUCUGGAUCCCGCUCCGAGCUCACGCAGUCUGGGAAAGAAUGAGUGUAAAACUGGAAUGCACAGUCCUGGCCAAUCCUCAGCCAGAGGUGAACUGGUAUAAAAAUGGAGUUCGCAUUGACCUCCGUCUAGCUCCUGCCGGGAAAUAUAGAAUGAAGAAUGAAUUUGGAAUGCUCACGCUGGACAUUAGCAGAUGCUCCUUGGACGAUUCUGCUGAAUACAGUGUGGAAGUGAAAAAUCCGUAUGGGGAGGCCUACUCAUUUGCUACCGUGCUUGUCAGGAAAUAUUAUGGAAAGGGGUCUGGAUUUGAUUCCGAGAUAUACAAAUGGUCGCUCAGGGACCUGGAGGCUGACUUUGCUAGUGUCUUGAAGCCUGUCUUUUCCAGAGAGAAGGAGCCCUUCACUCUGUUCUGCAGCUUUACUUCCGACUUGCAGGAAUACCAACGAGACAUCCGCUGGUUCAGGGAUGGUGAGUUGCUGAAAGAUUCCGACCGGCAGCAAAUCCAAUGCGGAGUCCGGGAGGCUUCCCUGGCGGUGUCUUGCGCUUACAAAGAGGAUGAAGGCUUUUACAGCGUCCGCAUCCCAACACAGGAUGGAUACCACGAGCAAAGAGCUUAUGUGUUUGUUAGGGAUGCUGCAGCUGAAACAGCCGGAGCUCCUGGAUCACCCCUCAAUGUGCAAUGCCAUGAUGUGAAUAAAAAUAGCCUCAUACUUUCUUGGGUGACGCCCAGUGAUCACGGCGGAACUCCUGUCAUCAGCUAUUAUAUCGAAAGGUGCGAGGUGGGCACUGAUGAGUGGGUGCCAUGCAAUGACAAGCCAGUGAAAAGCUGCAGGUCCCCCGUUGUGGGCCUCACCGAAGGGAAGACCUAUCAGUUCCGAGUGAAGGCCGUCAACAGUGCAGGUGUCAGCAACCCAUCGAAGGCCAGCGAUCCGGUGACAAUGAUAGAUCCCAACGAGACCAAAAGAUUGCUAAAAAUCCCUUAUGAUGAUGGGAUGAGGACAAUUACAGUUUCCAAAGACGAACUGGAACCCAAGGUCAAGGUCCCUUUGCCACCCACCAAUGUCCAUGCCAGUGAGAUCAGGGAAGAUUACGUGGUCCUCUCUUGGGACGAGCCGGACCCCAGAGGCAAAGAGCCGCUGAGUUACUACGUGGAAAAGUCAAUAGCAGGCAGUGACAGCUGGCAGAUGGCUACUCUGGACACGCCAGUGAAUUCCACGACAUUAGCUCUCUUUGAUCUGGUCAAAGGGAAGCCAUACUGCUUCCGAGUGAGAUCUGUGAACAAGUACGGAGUGAGCGAGCCUUCCUUACCCAGUGAGCCCAUCUCGCUUGGAGAAAAAAUAGCUCUGCUUCCGCCGCCAUCUCAGGUUCUGGCCUUCAGGGACACCAACACGUCUGUGGUUGUGCAAUGGAGCAAGCCAAAGGAGGGCCAGGAACCAUUGGGCUAUUAUAUAUAUGCCCGGGAGGUUGGCACAGAUGAAUGGCAAACGGUCAACAAUAAGCCCGUCACGUGUAACGAGUUCACGGUUCACGGACUCAAAACUGGCAAACAAUAUGUCUUCUGCGUGAAAUGUGUCAACGAAGCGGGGGUGGGUGACAGCUCCCCUGAAUCUGAUGCCAUCAUUGUGAGGCAGGCUAUCUCCUGCCCUUCAGCCCCGCGUAGCUUUGCCUUGCUGAACUGCGGGAAGGACAACAUGACCAUAGGUUGGAAGCCUCCCAAGCGCAAAGGAGGCACGACCAUUCUGGGCUAUUUCCUGGAUCAACACGAUGUGUCGGAGAUUGACUGGCACGAAUUCAACAUCAAGCCAAUCCCUCAACGUGUUUGUACGGUCACCAACCUGGAAGAAGGGCGCUUCUAUGAGUUCCGUGGUUACGCAAUGAACGCUGUUGGUGUUGGGAAGGUAUCAGAACCCAGCGACCUUUUCAAGUGUGAAGAAUGGACGAUGCCAGAGCCAGGCCCUCCAUAUGAUGUGAGGUGCACCGAAGUGAGAGACACCUCUCUGAUGGUCCACUGGGAACCACCCUUGUAUACCGGAGCAGGCCCCAUCAUCGGUUAUUACGUGGAUGCCUGCGAGGAAGGAUCUGACACAUGGAAACAGCUGAAUGAGAAGCCGAUAUCCAGCACCCACAUGAAGCUCUCUGAUCUGGAGACAGGAAAGUGCUACACAUUCCGCGUGCGAGCCCUGAACAAGGCGGGGGUCGGCCCCCCAUCUCUGCCCUCAGAUCCUGUGGUGGUAAAAACCAAACCAGGCACCAAAGAAAUUGAAGUUGGGGUGGAUGAAGAAGGAUUUAUCUAUAUGGCCUUUGAGGCCCCUGAAGUGGUCGACACUUCAGAGUUUAUAUGGUCCAAGGAUUAUGAGGGGCCUCCAAAUCCUGACCGAGUCGAGAUUGCGGACAAAGAUGAUAAGUCUAAGCUCAUCCUGAAAUAUGCCACUGAAAGGGAUCUGGGAACUUAUUCAGUAGAAGUAACUGACACAGAUGAAGACAUCUCUGCCAGUCACCUUUUAACCCAGGAAGAAUUGGACGAACUACGAAAGAUCAGCCAUGAGAUCCGCAAUCCCUUGAUUGAGCUGAUAUCCGGAUGGAAUAUCGAGGUUCUGGAGAAAGGGGAAGUGCGGCUGUGGCUCGAGGUCGAAAAGCUCUCUCCCGAGGCUGAGCUGCACCUGAUCUUCAACGGGAAAGAGCUUUCAAGCACUCCGACCCAUAAGAUCAAUUUUGACCGAGCAAAUGGCCUUGUGGAAUUGAUCAUCCAGGACUUCUGUGAGGACGACAAGGGGACAUACACUGCCCAGCUAAAAGAUGGCAAAGCUGAAAACCAGUUUACUUUGGCUCUGGUUGGGGAUGAUUUUGAUAAACUUAAAGCAGAAGCUGAUGCCAAAAAGAAAGACUGGAAGAGAAAGCAUGGCCCUCAUUUUAUUGAACAACUGCAAUGGAAGGUUACUGAGGACUGUGAAGUCCUGCUGACGUGCAAGGCAGCCAACAUGAAGAAGGACAGCGCCUUCAAAUGGUCCUUUGAUAACAAACCUCGCUCGGACGGCCAGUAUGAUGCAAAGACAGGCGCUGGACUCCUACGGAUUAAGAAGAUUGCCAAAGCCGAUAAAGGGAUAUACAAAGCUGUGGUUUCUGAUGAUCGAGGCCAAGAUACAACUGAACUUGAUCUUACUAAGGAAGCAUUUGAUGACAUCCUCAAAGAACUCGCCAGGAUCAGCGUUCUGUCUGCAUCACCUCUGAAAGUCCAGCCCACUGCUGAAGGCAUCAAGAUCUACAGUGAGGUGAAAUACUACACGGAUGCCAUGAAAGCCACCUGGUCUCACAACGACAAGCGCCUGGAAGGAGGAGACCGUCUGAAAACGGGAACCACCAUGGACCAGAUAUGGCUACACAUCUUGGAUCCCAAAGAGUCCGACAAAGGCAAAUAUACUUUGGAGCUGUUUGACGGGGAAAAGCCACGCAAGCUGUCGACCGACCUGUCUGGGAAAGCUUUUGAUGAUGCGCUGGCUGAACAUCAAAGGCUCAAGCAAGCGGCUGUUGUGGAAGAGCACCGAGCCAAAGUGGUCCGUGGACUUCCAGAUGUUGCCACCAUCAUGGAGACUAAGACUUUGUGCUUGACAUGCAUCAUAUCUGGAGACCCUUACCCAGAAAUCACUUGGUACAAGAACGAGAAUGUCAUUACAUUCAAAGAUCGUUACAAGAUGGAGGUGAAAGGGACCAUUAUCACAAUCACCAUCGAGAACAUCUGCAGCGAGGAUUCUGGGAAAUUUAGCAUCCAUGUCAAGAACAAAUGGGGCUCUGAAACGGGCAAGGUUACCCUCAGUGUAUACAAGCAAGGGCAGGAACCUAAGGAACUAAGAGAGGAAAAGGCCAUGACUGCAGCCAAGCAUUAGGCCAGAUUCCUUGUUUCAGUUCCAGAGCCAACCUCUGGGCUGCACAAAGAAACCCUUGGUUAGAAGAGUUUGGUUUCCUUUCAUUGCACACGGGGCGUUUCCCU